GGGAGUUUCCCAGUUUGCACAGAACUAACCGCGAAGGCAGUGAGGUCAGCUCAGCAGUGUGGAGAUUGAUGCUGAGGAGACAGAUAGUGAGCAUUAGUGCGGAGAACACACUGUCUUAACUUGAUAUUCUCAGGCCACGAUGGGCUCCACUGAACACUGCGUUGGGUGGGUUGUCACAAUAACCUUUAGUUUGGUCGUUCUAAUAAUUGUUGUAUCAGUUAUAUCUACGUCACAGUGUAACAAACAAAGCCUAGAGCGGACAAACGAUAACCAGGGUCUAGCGGAAAAGAACAAAUGGCUGGUACAGAACGUGACCACAAUGAUGGAACAGCUGGUGCAGAUCAAAAGAAAGUUCGAAGAAUCACAGUCAUCGUUGAUGACCUGCCGGGCGGACUUGACUGCCGUGAAGCGCAAUGCUACCGCUCUGAAGAAAAUUGUGACUCAGCUCAUAGACAAGAACGCCGAGCUGAACCAUACUCAAAACUUUCAGCAAGAUGCAGCCCAGAAAAAGAUACAUGAUCUGAACAAAGAGAUUAGAAAAUACAAAGAAAACCUCAUGAAAUCCAACAACGAGCUGAAGGAGACAAAGGAGAAGUUUCAGGAAGAAGUGAAGAGGUGCAAAGGUCAACCAGUGAAGAACACCGCCAUUAGACCCCAGGAUUGCCACAUCUCCUUCAUCCUGUCCAUUCUUCUGGCCCUGUUUCUCAUGGAGCUUUGCAGUUAAUGAGACGCUUUAUGACGUCCUCCUGACACGAAACUGGUGUGAGCACAAGGUUGAAGGGCUUCAACGGCAGCAACAACUAACCUCCUGCAACUUACUCCAAGUUUCCUGCUAUCACUACCCUUUAAUUUUAAGUAAAAUACUGUACACAACUACUUUUAAAACGAUAAGGCAUGAUUUCAAAAGGCAAGCGUUACCACACAAGCUGUUAGACAAACUGGGAGUUGCAAGUAGGAGUGAAAGAAAGGUGUGAGAAAGAGAGCGAGCAAGGGAAAGAACAACAUUUUGGGCAAAUAGUUCUUUAGACAAUGGUCAUUCCUCUACCCACAGCAAUAACAAUCAACUCUUAGGUGAUGAGGCCCCACCUCAAUAGGCAUUAAAUAAUGUUCAACUGGUUUCAGAGUCUCUCCGUCUCCCAUUCACCAACUAGUUAAUACUUAGUUUCAAUUUAAUCUCAAUUUUUGUAAAACAUUUGAGUUGCUUGCUGUGAAAGAUGCUGUAAAAAUAGGUUUUGUAUUACUUGAAAAUAAAAAUAUUUUGUAC